CUCAGACAUCACCAGAAAAAAAAACAAAAUCAUUUAUCACGUCGCUCAUCACCAAAGCUCAGAGAUUCUGCUCUCAAAAAUCAUCACUACCAAAACCUUCACACAUUUUUCUUCAACACCCAAACCGUUAUAGCAUGAACUGUUGAUGACAACGCUAGGAUUUCGGACAAGAUGCCAUAUGCGUGCUUUUUCAAUCCCCCCACUCAUUAUGACUUCUAGUUGUUGAUGCCAUGCGAGAGACGCUCAAGAGAGACUAGAAAGCUAAAAUGGAGGCCUCAGCCUAUAAGUCAGAUGGGAUGUUGGCUAAAGAAAUGGAAGAUGAGCUUAUGAAGUACACAAAGAAGUAUGACCAUAAAAUGGAGCCAAACUUGGCCGUGAAGAUUAAUGAAGAUCAAACGGAUAGUGAUGCAGAGGUUAACAUCACUGAAUGUACAAAAUCUUUGGGCAAUGAGCUUGUUGCAGCAGAUGUCGAUGACAAAACAGAGACCUCAAGUUCUUUUGAGGACUGCAAUUCUGGUGUAGAAAGUGAUGAUGCCUUUGGUGAUUCUGAAGCUUCGUCAGAUUUUCGUGGUGAUGCUGGUGCAUCAGCGCUGGAUUCUGAUGGAUUCGGUGAAAGGUUUAGACUGAGGCGGAAAAAACUGACAACUCAUUGGAGGUCUUUUAUUCAUCCUCUUAUGUGGCGUUGCAAAUGGGUUGAAUUGCAAAUUAAGAAGCUGCAGUCACGGGCACACCUAUAUGACAGAGAACUAGAAGUAUACGAUUUGAAAAGACAGUCUGAACUGGAUAGCUCCACAAUGGUAGAUGGCACCAAAUCCCUUCCAUUUUCACGGGAAAAUGCUAAAUUAGAUGUCCUUAGGAGAAAGAAAAGGAGGAGGACUGAAGCAACAACAGAUGUAGCAGCAUAUAUGUCCCAACAUAACCUCUUCUCAUGUUAUGAAAAUAAGAAGUACUUAACCGAGGGUGCCUUCAUGAACAAUGAGUUGAAGAAUCCAGCUAGCCGGAAAAGCACAACUAAUCUCCCGAUGUUGGAUGAUGAUGAUGAACUACUACCCCUUGAUCUUGGAGAUGAUGAUAAUUCCAUCGGACAAAUACUUUUGAAGAUUGACUUUCUACACUCUGAGGUGGGCAAGCUGAGGAGCAAAUUUGAUAGGAUAACAACCGAAAAUGCUGAAAGAAUUUCUUUUGCCGAGAAAUUGGACUUGCCGCCUCCAGAUAGUGAAAAUGGAGUAGAAGAAAUGCAUAUAGCAUCUCAGAGUACCGCUGCAGUAGUUUCUCAAACUGGAGCAUCAAGUUAUGUAGAUGUUCCUGUGACUAGUGGAAACGUCGAUCCUUCUUGCUUCAAAGCAUACAAACCUAUGGAAGGUGAAGUACUUAUAGAUAAUCAGAGGGUUAAGGAAGAGAUGGACAGUUUUGAGGAAGUGAAGAUUCAGGAAAUGCCAAUGGUGCUUAAGGAUGAGACUAAUAACACCACACCUCCCAUUAUAGCAGAACCUGGCACUGCAGAUGAUCAGCCGCCAGCAAAAGUCCGUUCUAUUGCAAAACUUACCGGCGCUAGAAGCAAGAGAAAGAGGGGGAGGAAAAGAGCUGCCACCUAUCGUCGGGGCAGAAGAUCCACGGGUUAGCAUCCUUAGGUUUGGCCCACUCGUGUAUUGUUGAGGAGGAGGUAAGAAGAUGAAUAUUACAGCUGGGAAAGGUUCCUAUUGCCAUUAAUGAACUCAUCGUGCAAAUAGGACCACAAAUUUUUUUUGGAGAAAAGUGUUGAUUACAUUACCCCUUCAACUGUAGAUUCUGUGUUUAUUCUUUUCCUUAGAUUUGUAUUCAUGAGAUGUUGAUGGCAGUAGAAAACAUGGAAAUUGCAUAUUA